CACGAAGAAAGCGAAGACGUAGGAAAAUCGACAUUACCACGCCACUCAACUUUUUCUUCAACGAUCGUUCGAAUCAACGUGUUGCAUACAUUUGACAAUAUGUUUCAUCGGUACGAAAUUUUGAAGAACGAAAACGAAUCGAAAUGAAUCCAGGCGACGAUGAGUUAAACCCAGCAAUAAAAAUAAGUGAAUGAUGUCGAAGAUGAUAGUUUUCUCACGAUAAAAAUAUUCUUUUGUUGAGAACGAUGACGAUAGCGGUAGCAAUAGGCGAUGACGACGAUAAUAGCGGUAGCGACGUCGUUUCUGCUGUCUCUUCUAGCGUCGGGGCUGGUUGUUCGUCAGCGUGGCUGUACGGUACACAGCUUCUUAGUGGGGAUGGAGGACACUUUCACUCUCACAGGUGUAUGACCGAGUCGAGAGCUCGGAAAUACUUGUUACCUGAACGAGUAUCGUUGGGGAAAGAGAAGGGGGAUAGAAUAAGGGGAAUGGAAGGGAUAGAGGGGCGACGAGAAAGAGAUCGAGAGCGGGAAAGAAAGAGGGAGGAAAAAGAAGGGAGGGAGGGAGGGAGGGAGGGACACAAAGAAACGUGACAAACAAAUAAGAGAAAUGACAAAACUGUCUAAUUUUUGCAGCUAUCUAAUAAUAGAAUGGUACGUAUAAAAUGUCGCCUUUUUUCAGAGAAUCUUUUAGUCGCAUCUUCGGUUAUCGCAAAGACGUUAUAGUCUGCGCAGUACUUAAUUUCCAAUUAUCGUUAAACGUAUCGAUACCGUAUGUAAAUUAAAGUCAUGGUGUGAAAAAAAGCAGGGUGAAUAAAAAGGAAACGUAUUAGAGAUAGGAAUGAAUGGUUCGGAAAGCGGAGAAUGUCGCGUGGUCCGCUGGAUAACGACCCAGUGUCCACGUGCUCGUACGUAUAUUUUCAAUUUUGUUCGAAAUUUUACCAGUAUGAUCGUAAAUUUAAAAAAUUUAAUAAAAUUUCAAAAUUCCUAUAACACACGUGAUAUAUUCGGAAAUGGUUUCUAGAAGUGUCCAAAUACUUUCGGCAGUCACUGUAGAUGGGUAACGAGUAGCGAGGCAAAGACAAAAAGAAAAAUAAGAAGAUAGAGUGCGAAGAGGCUGGACGAGGUCAGUGAACCAUGAAAGAGUAUGGUUUUUUGGUCAGUGUACGCACUACCGAAAUACGUUCCCGACGCGGCGAGACGUUCCCGCCGAUAUUUCUCCGUGGGUCCCCAGUCGGCCCCAGUGGGUCAGUGGUUCACGAAGAACCUCUCGAGGAUACACGCGAGAAAGAUACGAUCCUUUUGCAACACGCUCGAUGUUUGUUCGUAUUUUUUUCAACAUUACGUAUUUAAACUAAUUCUGUUCACGUUUUAUCAUAAACGUAUUUAUUAUAUUCACAACUAAUAUUUUAUAUGUGCGAGAUAUAUUUUUAUUGGACAUAUUUGUUUAUACCGUUAGCAAAUUGAUUGUUUUUCAAUACAGUGAAACGAAUAUUCUCUAGUUUUCAGAAGCAUAUGUAACUUUUUUAAAGAUUUCAUAUCCCAAAAUAUGGAAAAUUAACGUGAGUCAUUAUCGCUAUAAAUAUGGAUAUGUUCCAUAAACAUAUGAUAAUGUUUACAAUAAAUACAUUGUAGUUUCUGUAUACAUUUUCAGAUUCGUUUCAAGUUAUAGCACGUUGCACAGAGAAUCGCAAGAUUAUUUGCAAUGCGUUUGACAUGCAAACAAAAGUAAUCACGAUUUUAGGCGAGGACAGAAACGGGGAAAUGGUUGGAAGUAAACGAAAGAGAAAUAGAGAAAGAAACGAAUGCGAAUGUUCGAGCAACUCGAUAGUUAGCCAUCGUAUCUACUUGAAAAAGGUGUACCGAUCGUAACAGACGCGAAAGAACCAUUCUGCUUGCUUGCGGUUCCAAGAAAUCCGGUUAGAAUUUAGGCUAUGUGGAGCUCCUACUCGAAUCUGGAACAGGCUGGUCAUUGACCUUGCUUCGAUCGCUCUUUGAAAAGAUUUUCAAGCGUGAUUACAAGUUUACCAGUGAUUGUCUUCGACACGCGACACGAGACAUUGUCGUUCUCUCCACGCACUUUCCGCUAUUCGAACGCGAUCGAGAACUCUUGCGAGGCAAUUAAAUAUGAAAAUAGUUUUUCAACUAGAAAUCCGAAUAUCGUGCUCUCUGAUGGCCGAUGUCUUUGUUCGAAAGUCUUCCGUGGUUGAUAGAACGUGCAGAGCAAUAUGAAAUUCCUUUGAUUUUUAUCUUCGAAUAUAACGAUGAUUAUAGUAGCUAUGGCGAUCGAGGCAGAGAUCGAAAGCUGACAAGAAUACAUCAAGAGAGCACGAGAGCAGGGGAGAAAGGCCCGAAAUGAUUCCGAGAUGACAUGUCCAUAUACCGAAUUACACGACUAACUACCGAAUCAUUUUGACCUACAUAUGUAUAUGAUACCAUGUUUUCCCGUAUGCUCUUCAAAUGGUUAUAGAGAUAAUUUUUAAUUGCAUGUAUAAGUAACGAGAUAAGAAAACAAAUUGGUAUUCUCCUUGCGAUCUCGAUAUCGUCUAUCAUGAAUAUGCAUUGAUAUAUUAUUUUCGAAGAAAAUGGCAAGCGCUAUUUUGAAUAGACCGCAAACAUAUUUCACUUUGACAAGAAUUUUCAUCGCUACCAGUAAUAUAAACUAGAAAAAAGAAAGUUGCGGAUGAAGCGUUGGGUCAACGCAAUGUUGGCCCUUAAUGGGUUAAUCAACGGAAAUGACGGUGCAUAUCGGUUACGAGCAAGUUUUACCAAGUAACGUUUGAUAAUGGAAGACACGAAGGGUGGGCAGCAUACGUGUCUAUUUAUUUAAGUACGUAUGUCCCUGUUCGCGUAUAAAAGUACGGUUGUACCGUACGAUAUGUAUUCUAGUUGAUAUUUUGUUGGAUCGCAGCGACGGAAAAAUAACGAUCGAGCAUAGUACUUAUCGCUUAAGGAUGCUUCGGUUCAAAAAUAGUGAAAUAGCAAUUAUAUUAUUCCUCGUAACGGUGGCAAUUGGUGUCGAUUCAAAAGCUACUGAUUACGGUUCAAAGCGAAAGAUCGUUCCACCAACGCCGAAAUUUGAAGGAACGUUCAACGAAAGGCACGAGCAUCAAACCAUCGCUGAUCGCAUAAAAUCAUGGACGAAAGAGGACAAACAGAACGUUUGGGAAUUAAGCGGUUUGUACGAAGGAGAUAUAAUGCUUAAUUCGGAGGAAGAUGGGGGGAAAAAUGGUCUGGUGAAUAACGCGUUUCGUUGGCCAGGCGGAAUUGUACCUUAUUACAUAAAGGAAGAGGAUUUCGAUGAAGAAGAUAUCGAGGUAAUCGAAGGUGCUAUAGAGGAAUACCAUAAGAACACCUGCAUACGUUUUCGUCCUUAUAAAAAGGCAGAUACCGACUAUAUCACUAUAAAGGGCAAAAUGUCGGGAUGUUGGUCCUUGGUUGGCAGGCACGAUCGCGGACAAGUAGUGAAUUUGCAGAAUCCGGGAUGCGUGCAGCAUGGUGUGGUCGUGCACGAGUUGAUGCACGCAUUAGGCUUUUACCAUCAACAGAGUGCCGCGGAUCGUGACGAGUGGGUGACGAUAAAUUGGGAAAAUAUAAAACCAGGCAAGGAGCAUAAUUUUAAUAAAUACGACAAUGGCACUGUCACAGAUUAUGGGAUUGGUUACGAUUAUACGAGUGUAAUGCAUUAUAGUUCUCACGCGUUUUCAAGAAAUGGUGAACCGACCAUUACACCGAAAAAGGAAGAAACAGAACUUGGUCAACGAAAAGGACUCAGCGGAAAGGAUACACUGAAGUUACUAGAAAUGUACAAAGAGGAAUGUAACAAACGACAAAUGAAUGAAACCACGGAUAGCGAUGAUUUAUCGGAUGAUAUAUCUAUCGAGUGGCUACUCACUAGAUCGUAA